UUUAUUAUGUCAAUUAUCUAAAGAUCGUUUUGAAUUAUUAUCAGUUUCGGCUUCAAUACGUCGUCGACCACUUAUAAAAAUUCUUGGUUUACUUAUAUCAUUACUUAUAAUAUGUUUAAUUUUAUUUAUAAUUUGUUAUUUUAUUGGUUUAAAAUAUGGUGGUUUAUCAAUAUUUUUUUUUAUGUUAGCUGAAACAAUUUUAUUAACAUUUGAUAUAUGUUAUCUUUUAUUUAAAUAUAUAUUUCAAUAUUAUAUAUUUGAACAACAAGAACAAAAUCCAUUAACAACAUCAAAUGAAUAUCGUUCAUAUAUAAUAUAUUAUAUUGAAUUUUUAUAUCAUGUAAUAACAUUAAUUAUUGAUAUAAUACAUAAUUUACAAAUGUUAUUUUAUCAUCAAACAUUUAUGUCAAUGUCAUCAUUAAUAUUUUUUAUGCAAUUAAAACCAUUAUUUAAUGAAUUAACACAACGUUUAAAACGACAUAAAUCAUAUCGUAAUGCAAUGAUACGUAUGGAAAAAAAAUAUCCACUUUUAACAAAAUAUGAUUUAGAACAAAAAUAUAUGAAACAAAAUCAUAUAUCAAGUUUAGAUGAAAUUUGUUCAAUUUGUUGGGAAAAAUUUGAAAAAGCAAGAUGUUUACCAUGUGGUCAUCUAUUUCAUCAAAAUUGUUUACGAAGUUGGCUUGAACAAGAUACAACAUGUCCAAUAUGUCGUUUAUCUUUACAAGAAGAUACAACACAACAAACAACAAAUAUACCUAUUCCUCAAACUCAAACAACACCAAAUUUUCUUCUUUGGCCAUCAGUAACACUUGCACGUCGUACACCUAAUGUACUUGGUUUAACUGAUACAACAAUUCAACGUCCACCGGCCAAUCAUUUAUUUCGUUUUGAUGGUAGUCGAUAUUCAUCUUGGUUACCAAGUUUUUCAAUUGAAAUUAAUCAUAAUUUUCCAUUUCGUCUUGGUCGUGCACGUUUAACUGAUGUACAAUUAACAAGUACAGCACAAAAUAUUCAACAAAUAUUUCCACAAAUUCCAUAUGAAAUUAUACUUGCCGAUUUACAACAAACACAAUCAAUUGAUACAACAAUUGAAAAUAUUAUGGAUCAUCGUAUUCAUAUUGAACCACAACAAAUUCAUCAUCAAAAUGAUAAUAUAUCAGGUUCAGAUGAAUCAUCAUAUUCAUCAUCAUCAUCAUCACCAGGAUCAACAUCAUCAUCAGAAGCUGGUGAACCAAUUGAUACAGAUUUAUUAUCUGAUCUACCUCGAACAACACAAACAGAUGAAUUAAUUGAUAAUGACGAUAAUGAAAAUUUUACAUGGCCAUUAGAUCCACAACUUUCAUUAGCUAGUCGAAAACAACAAUUAAUUUCACAUAUGCGACGACGAUUUCUUGAACGUGAACGUCGUCUUCAAUUAUCAACGCAAAAGUCAGAUUUAUUAUCUGACAAUUAA